AUGGCGGCAUAUGCAGCCUUGGUUUCUGUUAUGCAUAUCAUCCAUACAAUCGGGCAUCACCAUUCCCCUCCAAUUUCUAUCGACAAACAACAAGUUGAAUCUCUCACUCAAAUUCUUACCUCUUUGCAGGAAUUCCUUGAAGGUUAUAAGUCCCCUGUUGCUGACGGAGAUGAAGCUGAUCCGCUGGAGAUGCGUAUUGUAGAUACAGCUCAUGCGGUUGAAGAUGUUAUCGAAUCACAUAUUGUGGACAAGCUUCAGCCGAGGAGAUCCAAACGUAUCGCAGAUGCAGCUUCUGCGGCUGAAGAUGCUAUCGAAUCUCAUAUUGUGGACAAGCUUCAGGCCAGGAGAUCCAAACUAGCCAAAAUCAGCUGCUUCUUCAACUGCUUUGGAGAUUCAAAAAAUGACUCAUCAAAUCACGAUGAUGAACAAAUCAACUUCUAUCAAGAUGUACAACAAGUGAUAGAAGAAAUGAAUGUGAUUAAGAAGGAAGCCAUGGAGAUUGCAGCCGAAGCUCAGCUGCAGAGAAAGGUAUCCUUGACUCAUGCUGGCUCCUUGAUAUCCUCUUCCAAUGUGAAGGAAAGCAUGAUGGUGGGCUUUGAUGACGUGCUACUUCAACUCUUGGAUAAGCUCACUGGAGGGCACCGCAAUCGCCAAAUCAUCCCAAUCACAGGGAUGGGCGGGAUUGGUAAGACCACUCUUGCCCGACAUAUAUUUGAGCAUGCCCUUGUUAAGGAGUAUUUUGAUAUUCGUGCGUGGACUACAAUUUCUCAAACUUAUAAUGUUAGAGAAACACUUAGGCAAGUUGUUCACCAAGUAAGUGGAAAUUUGGGUAGUGAUCUGAGUGAGGAAGAUUUAGGAGAAAAAUUGUACAAGUAUCUAUGUGGUAGGAGGUAUAUUAUAAUACUGGAUGAUAUGUGGAGUAUAGAGGUAUGGGAAAAGAUGAUGGUUUUCUUUCCUAAUAACAAUGAUGGGAGUCGAAUAAUCGUAACAACUAGGCUCUCAAACUUGGCUACUGAGUUGACAAACUCUAACAGCAUUGGUAUGAGAUUUUUAGAUGAUGUUUGUAGCUGGAAUUUGUUCUCCAAAACUGUAUUUGGGGAUGAGGUUUUUCCUCUUCAACUCGAGAAAAUCGGAAAGAAAAUCGUGGGGAAGUGUAAGGGACUUCCUUUGUCGAUUGUUGUGAUUGGCGGUCUUUUGGCAAAGUCUGAACUUACACUUGAAUAUUGGGAGCACGUAGAGGAAAACAUAAGCUCAAUAGUGAAUUAUGAGAAUGAUGAAUAUUGCUUGAGAGUAUUGAAACUAAGCUAUGACCAUUUGCCUGCCUAUUUGAAGCCUUGUUUUUUGUACAUGGGGAUGUUUGGGGAAGAUGAGAAAAUUGGAGUCUCAGAACUCAUGAGGCUAUGGGUUUGUGAAGGCUUUCUUAAACCAAUAAUCAAUAAAAGCUUGGAAACAAUUGCCAAUGAGUAUCUGAAGGAGCUAGUCGAUAGAAACCUCAUUCUAGUUCAUAAGUUGGGGAAACUUGGGAAUAUAAAGUACUGCAAAAUGCAUGAUUUACUGAGAGAUCUAUCAUUUCAAGAAGCUAAAAAGCAGAGGUUUUAUUAUGUAUUAGGGAAACAUUAUCCUCGAGGGAUAAAUCGCCAACGCCGCAUUGUUAUUCCCGAAAGCAGUUCAGAUAAGACAAUCAGGAAUGCCUUGAAAACUAUGUCACGUGCUCGUUCUUUCAUAUGUCAUGCUGAUUCAGUUCCACAAUUGCUAGGUUUUAGAUUUUUUAGGACAUUGACUACAUAUAGGUGUUCCAGUGAGUAUUCAGAAGAAAAUGUGUUCCAAUCGGUGAACUUGAGGUACCUUUCAGCUAGAUUUCGUGAGGGGUUCCAAAUCCCUUCUUCAAUUAGUCUGCUCUGGAAUCUACACACACUAAUUGUUUCUUGUUGGGGUGCACCUACUGCACCACUAGAAAUUUGGAAAAUGCAUCAGCUUAAGCAUUUCGAGAUCGUAGGUGGAGAAAUGUAUCUCCCAGAUCCUCCGAGCGGCCAUAGUGAUGUUAUGAUGGAGAAUCUAGAGACACUCUACGGAGUGAUUGAUUUCAACUUGAAUGAAGAAGCGGUUAAGAGAAUUCCCAAUAUCAAGAAACUGUUUAUCAGAUACCAUGAUAAAGUAAUGGACAGAGUGAAGUGCCUUAGCUAUCUUCAAUGUCUGAGUAAGCUGGAAAGCUUGACGUGCUCUAUUGAUGAUGGCAGUGAUGAUGAGUAUCUGCAGAGUAUUAGCUUCCCGCACUCACUCAAGAAGCUGUCUCUUGAAUGCGAAAAGUUCCAUUUGGAGGAAAUUCUGGAAAAGAUAGGUUCAUUGCCACUUCUUGAGAAGCUCACACUGAUUGAUGGGCAGUUUGCAACACGCGGUUGGGAAAUAGUUGAAGGCCAAUUCCCCAGCCUCAGAUACUUGAAAUUGUGGGAGUGUGCGGAUAUGGAAUGUUGGACGUUAGAGGGCUCCUGCUUGCCACGCCUUGAGCAACUUCAUAUCUGGGGCAUGAGGGCAUUGGAGGAGUUCCCUUCAGAAAUUGGAGAAAUAGCAACACUCAAAUCAAUUGAAUUGUACAGAUGCAGUGAAUCGAUGGUUGUGUCUUUGAAAAAGAUAGUAGAGGAACAAGAGGAAUUACAAGGGGACCCAUCCUUUCAUGUUCUAGUUAGAUCACGCAAGGUCAGCCAAGAACUGCAGAGCUUGGCAACUCCCUGA